CGCCCUUCUCUGGGUGAAAAUAGCUCGAUAGCAGACACACAGCAGCCAUUGUGGAGGAUCGUACUGAGGUCUACAGAACCAAAGACAAGACUAUAGUCUUAGGCAGAUUUGAAUCACCGAACGUGGUAACAUCUGAGUACUAUAUUUGUAAAUAAAGUCUGUCGUCAAGAAAUUAAAGGAAAACGACAUACCGAGGACUGUAUUAUCCGCCCGAGACAUUCAGCUUGGUGGAGGGAUUCAAACGGACAUCGAAAAAGGCAGAGGCGCCGUCUAAUUCCGCACCAACUGCUAAUUUCCUUUAGAUAUCUUCUUUUUACAGUCUGUGCCCGGCUUUUCUCUCAGGUCUGUGCCCUUAUUUAGAUGGCAAGCUUCCCAGAUUCUGUAAACGAAAAUGAUAUAGGUAAGGCUAAGUGCAUUGGUGAACUCCUGGUGCCUGUUGCUCCCUUCGACCAGAAGUCUGGGCGUGAGGCUUGGACAGUUGCCUUUGCACCCAAUGGUUCCUACUUCGCCUGGUCUCAGGGGCAUCGAAUUGUCAGGCUUAUUCCAUGGACAAAAUGCCUGAAGAACUUUUCAACGGGCCAUGGUGGAGAGGGCACCAAUGCCUCAAGCCCCCGGCGCUUGUCCUGUCAGAACACCGAUGGGAACCACAUAAUCCCCGUGGCUGGCGAGCCUCGUGAACACACCAUAGACUGUGGUGACAUUGUCUGGGGCUUGGCUUUCGGGUCCUCAGUGCCAGAAAAGCAGAGCCGCUGUGUUAAUAUCGAGUGGCACCGCUUCAGGUUUGGCCAGGACCAGCUGCUACUGGCAACAGGCCUCAACAAUGGUCGCAUCAAGAUCUGGGAUGUUUACACUGGAAAGCUGUUGCUGAAUCUGAUGGACCACACUGAUGUAGUGCGUGACUUGACUUUUGCUCCUGAUGGCAGCCUCAUGCUGGUGUCUGCAUCAAGAGAUAAAACACUUCGUGUGUGGGACCUUAAAGAUGAUGGUAACAUGGUGAAAGUUUUGCGGGGGCAUCAGAACUGGGUGUACUGCAGCGCCUUCUCCCCUGACUCCUCCAUCCUGUGCUCAGUCGGCGCAGGCAAAGCAGUGUUCUUAUGGAACAUGGAUAAGUAUACUUUGAUCCAGAAGCUGGAGGGACACCACCAUGAUGUGGUGUCUUGUGAGUUUUCACCAGAUGGCGCACUGUUGGCCACAGCCUCUUAUGACACCCGGGUCAUCUUAUGGGACCACCACAAGGCCACCGUUCUGCUGGAACUGGGCCAUCUCUUCCCGCCUCCUUCCCCCAUUUUUGCUGGAGGGGCAAAUGACCGCUGGGUUCGCUCUGUGAGCUUCUGCCCUGAUGGCCGCCACAUUGCCAGCAUUACUGAUGACAGGCUGAUUCGUUUUUGGAGCAUUGAGGAAAGGGCUCCACAGGCAAUUGCCUCUCUCUCUAAUGGCCUCUGCUGUGCCUUCUCUGCUGAAGGAAAUGUUCUUGCUGCUGGGACUCGGGAUGGCAGUGUGCACUUCUGGGAGUGUCCUCGUAGCAUUGCCAGUCUGCAGCAUAUGUGUAGGAUGGCUCUCCGCCGGGUGAUGAGCACCCAGCAGGUCGAGGCUCUGGCCAUUCCCACACCGCUCCGCGACUACCUGACUUACAAAGUCAUCUGAUUCCCACCUAAGCCAAUCCAACUGCACUUGGCACAACAGCAGCAUGCUCAAAAACCAAUGAAUCCCUUAUUUUCUUAAAAGAAAUCGUUUUUCACAGAAGUUUGAUGAACAAACAAGACCGAUCGGGACAGCAGGAAAAGUUUGAAGUUUUACACAAACCCCCAGGGCCAUGUCCUUGUCUCCACCCUCCACCACCUUUUUUGUGAAUAUUUAUUUUUGUAAGUGCUUUUGUAAAUGAGUGUGCCUGGACCAGCACAUAAUUCAUACCUGUAAGGUCAAAUUCUUUCUAGACCCUCCUGUCUCCUCCAACAUAUUGCUGUGCUUAUUUGUUGAGCUACUCUUCAGCUGGCUCCAGAUCUCCACCAGCUUCAGUGGACUCUUCAUCUUUUUCUCUGAUAUGAAAUUGCUGUUGCACUUAAUGGAGAGGCUUUGCAGUGGUGCUUGUUCUUAAAGUCAGUUUUUCUUUUCUAUUUGCUGGGGGUGGGGGGGGGGUAAAGGGAAGAGACAUGGAGUGAUUAAAACAUUGCAGGAUUUUCAAGGCCAAAAGUCAAAUCUUUGAACUACUGAGACAUGAAGUACCUUGAAAUCAGAUUAAUCAGAUUAUUGUCAUGAAAAAAAAAAUCAAGCAGCUGUGGUCCUUUGACAGAUUUGGCAUGUUUCUCUGAAACUGCAUUUAUGCCACCAUGGCACAUUUGCUUAUUGAAACCGUAUCUUCUUUAACAUGUUUGGAAGCCAUUUUUCAUUUCUAACACAGACAUAAGUUGCCAGGUGUACCAGCGUCACAUAAUCCAGUACAGUAUGCUAGCAUCUGUGUGCUGUAUCGGUUGUACCCAGCAAAAGAAGUCGGAUACUUCACGUUCCAAUGUGCUAGCAUGCUAACUAGCUUCAGAACAAUCAUUGGUGCCUGACUGAUAAAUCAGCCAGUACAAGAUAAUUGUAGGUACACUAUGGGUGAAUGUCAGCAGGUGAAGUAAUGAAGCAGCAGCUAUUAUUUGCUUCCAAAUUAACUGGGUAACAUCAGAGUCUCAGUAAAUGGCAAACAGCAGAGCUAUUCUGGAAAAACCAAGAAUUGCUUGAAUCCUGACAUGAGGUCUUGGUCCAACCAAAAAUGUCUCCGUCUAGCAACAGAAACAUUAACUGUGUGAGUGUGUGUAUGGCCUUGAGAUCAAUGUUAUUCAAUGAUAUCACAAAGCACCUCUGCCACUUAACUGCUAUCUAUAUUUGGACUUGGUAGGCAGAAUUCCAUGUGAUAUUAUGUAUAUAUACAAAACUGUAUCAUGUCCAUAAACAUCAAAUACAUUUUACACUUUUUACCACUUUAUUUUGCCAUUUAUAUCUAGUUCUUAUGUUGAAUAUUUGUACUUUUGUAUUUGGUUCCUUGUUUUUUUCUUUUAAAUGUGAAAAUGUCGAAAAAACCCAACAACUACAUGUCUUACUGUUAAAGCCCAGAGUAGUGAAAGGUAGACCACAUUACUGUAUGGUGCAGAUUUAGACUGUGGCAGUGCUACUGCACCCUAUCAAUAUGUAGAAAUUACAAUAAGCAAUUCCUGCAACCCUGAAAGACAUCUAAAACAAAAACAACCCAUCGGCCUUGGCUAGCCUCUACUUUCAGAUCCUCAUGCUGACUGAACUCUUGAUAGAAAUGUAUGCACAAGAAUUCCCAGUAACUCUAAGAUGCAGCAUUUUUAGAAUGUGUCGUUUUUAGUUUGUCACUGAGAGGAGAUAUGAAAAAGGGGAAGUAAGUUCUAAGUGGCCUAAAUAUGGGUUUGUGUAUGAAAGUGGGUAGAGAGCAGCUCUCAGUCAUUCAUGGCAAUAAGUUCUCUGACAGUGCUAAUGCCAAAGCUUUUCCUUUUCACAUAGUCAAUGCAAUGGGUUGGCUUCUCAUAGUUUCUGUAUUGAUAUAUAGAGGGAGAUGCAUGAAUGGCUUUCACUGCUUAGCUCACCAUACAGAACCUUAACUGGGGUUUGCAUAACAUGAUGUUUAUAUACCUGUUACCAUUGUGAUUGAAAAAACACAGGCCUGCCUCAGUGAGAUGCGGUAUGAAGCGUUAAAUAUAUCAAAUACCUAUGAAUGUAUUCAGUUCUGCAAUCUGUUUUUGUGUGCAAGUUUCAAUAAAGGUUUUUGACAAUAA